AUGCAGCCCUCACAUUGCUUGCUUACAUGGAUUGCUUGUAUGUUUGGACCUAUCUAUAUGAUUCAUGCCAGGACUCAGCAAGGAGAUGCUUGGCUGACAGAGAUGCAAAGAAAAAAAGAAAGCAGGUUCCUAGGGAGAGAGCACACCGUCCCGUUGCGGCUCAUAUACAGCACUGAACAUCAGAACCUCACUACACAGAGUCAACUGAGCACGAGAGUGAGAGGAGAAAGCUCCCAGCAUGAGGACCAGACCACCCACCUUGCCCAGACCACCUUUGAAAUUGAUGUAUUUGGAACUUCUUUCAUUUUGGAUGUAGAAUUGAACCAUGACUUGCUGUCUUCGAACUACUUAGAAAGACGUGUUGUAGAAGGGGGGAAGACGGUUGAAAUCAAGGGUGGUGAACAUUGUUAUUACCAAGGUCGGAUCAGAGGAAAUCCCAGAUCAUUUGUUGCUCUUUCUACGUGUCAUGGGCUUCAUGGGAUGUUCUGUGAUGGAAAUCAUACAUAUCUUUAUAGAACCGGAGAGAACUUCAACCCAAAACGUAAGUAGUUAAUAUAAACUGAAGAUCACCAGUUUCAUUCUGUUUACAAAUCCAAAAUACUUGAACUUCCUGUGGAUGAACUGCCAUCUGAAUUCUGGUCACUAAAUGAUACAUCAGUGAAACUUGCUCAUCAAAUCCGGAGCCAAAGAAGGAAAAGACAGGCCCGCCGGUUGCCACGCAAUGUUGAAGAAGAGACAAAGUAUGUUGAACUGAUGAUUGUUAAUGAUCACUUAAUGUAUAAAAAGCACCGCUUAUCUGUCGUGCAUACAACCAACUAUGCAAAGUCUGUGGCAAAUGUGGCAGAUCUAAUAUAUAAAGAGCAGCUAAACACAAGGAUAGUGCUGAUUGCCAUGGAAACCUGGGCUACAGAUAACAAGUUCAGCAUUUCUGAAAAUCCUCUCAUGACUCUGAAAGAAUUCAUGAAAUACAGAAGAGAUUUCAUCAAAGACAAAAGUGACGUUGUUCACCUAUUUUCGGGUAGCCAGUUUGAGAGCAGCAGAAGCGGUGCAGCAUACGUUGGUGGGGUAUGCUCACAAUUGAAAGGAGGGGGUGUAAAUGAGUUUGGAAAGCCAGAUGUCAUGGCUAUUACGUUGGCACAAUCCUUAGCUCAUAAUUUAGGCAUUUUCUCAGACAAGAGGAAGCUGUUGAGUGGUGAGUGCAAAUGUGAAGACAUGUGGUCUGGAUGCAUCAUGGGAGAUAUUGGUUAUUAUCUACCAAGCAAAUUUUCACAGUGUAAUAUUGAAGAAUAUCAUGAAUUUCUGAGCAGUGGUGGUGGAGCAUGUCUGUUCAAUAAGCCCUUAAAGCUUUUGGAUUCUCCAGAAUGCGGCAAUGGCUUUGUAGAAGCCGGAGAAGAAUGUGACUGUGGUUCUUUUGCGGAGUGUGCGGCUGAGGGAGGGGAAUGUUGUGAGAAAUGCACUUUAACACAAGGAUCCCAGUGCAGUGAUGGGUUGUGCUGCUCAAUGUGUAAGUUUAAAUCAGAUGGAAUAUUAUGUCGAGAAGCAGUAAAUGACUGUGACAUCCCAGAAAUAUGUUCAGGAAAUUCAAGUGAGUGUCCGGCCAAUAUUCAUAAGCUGGAUGGAUAUCAAUGUGAAAACAAGGAGGGUCUCUGUUUUGGUGGGAGAUGCAAAACAAGAGACAGACAAUGCAAAUAUGUCUGGGGAGAAAAAGUUGCUGCUGCAGAUAAGUUUUGCUAUGAAAAGCUAAAUAUUGAAGGAACAGAAAAAGGCAAUUGUGGGAGAAAUAAAGAAACUUGGAUACAAUGCAACAAACAAGAUGUGCUAUGUGGUUAUCUGUUGUGUACAAAUAUUUCAAAUGUACCACGACUAGGGGAAUUGGAUGGGGAAGUUACAGCAACUUCAGUCACAAACCAGGGGAAAAUCUACAAUUGCAGUGGUGGUCAUGUGAAGCUUGAUGAGGAGACUGAUCUUGGUUAUGUGGAAGAUGGAACUCCAUGUGGCUCCGGAAUGAUGUGUCUUGACCGCAGAUGUCUUCCAAUUGAUUCCUUUAACUUUAGCACUUGUUUGGGCAGCACAAGCAAAAUAUGUUCAGGACACGGAAUAUGCAGUAAUGAAGUGAAGUGCAUUUGUGACAAUUUUUGGUCAGGCGAUGACUGCAGUAACUAUCUCUACUAUGAAGAAAAAAAGGAGAAAGAUAUUUCAGAAGAAGGUGUUGUCAGCACUAACAUAAUCAUAGGGGCUAUUGCUGGCACUAUUCUAGUUUUGGCGUUGGUGUUAGGAAUAACAGCUUGGGGCUACAAAAACUAUCAAAGAGAGAGAGAAAUACCGCAGGGAGAUUAUGUAAAAAAGCCUGGAGAUGCCGAUUCUUUUUAUAGCGACUUGCCUCCCGGAGUCAGCUCUAACUCUGCAUCUAGUUCUAAGAAGAGGUCUGCUAUUCUGUCGCAUUUUCAGAUAUCUGCCUGUUCCAUCCCACAUUAUUCCAUUAGUCAGAACAUUUCAUUAUUUUGCAGAAGGUCUAAUGGCAUGUCACACUCAUGGAGCGAGAGGAUCCCAGACACAAAACAUGUUUCUGAUAUCUGUGAAAACGGACGACCAAGGAGUAACUCCUGGCAAGGUAACAUCAGUGGCAGCAAAAAAAAACUUAGAGGAAAAAGAUUCAGACCCCGCUCCAAUUCUACUGAGACAUUGUCACCUGCCAAGUCACCAUCUUCAUCUACUGGAUCAAUUGCUUCUAGUAGGAAGUACCCAUACCCUAUGCCUCCACUUCCUGAUGAAGAGACAAAACCCAGUAAACAAAGUGCAAGGCUUUGGGAGACCUCUAUCUGAGCACAUCACUAACACUUGGCUUCAUCAGCAACAAAGAUAUUCUAAUCCGUGGAAGCGCCACAUCUACACGCAAUGCUUAACUGCUCAACCACUUCUUCGUUAUCAAACACUAAAGGACCUCAUAAACAUUGUUUAUUGAGUCUUCUCUCUGGCCUUUUGAGAAGUGUCUUUAACUAUCAAGUACAGUUGCUCUGUUUCCAAGAACAAAAAAAACAACUCAUAUGGACUCUAUUAAGAGAGGCUAUUUUUAUGCAUGAUGAAUAUCUUUUGAAACACCAGUGAUAAAUUCACAAACACAUUAGAUAGGGUUAUCAGUUUACUGACAUUAGCCAUUAAUUAUGUCAGAACCAAUUUAUUUUAAUGCAUGUAACCACUCUGGUAACUUAAGUUGAAAGCAUGUUCAUCCAGUAUCACCUGCAUAGAUAACAACAUACUACAAAUUUAGCAUGACAUCAUAAAAAAACCACACCACAAAACAUUAAAAACACCAUUGUUUUCAUAUUUUGAAGACAUAUGCUUUAUGUACAUAUGUAAAAAAAAAAAAUUACAUAGCAACUUAUUUUGUCAAAUUCUUAACAAGAUGGUUAAUUAGUGAACAUUCAAAUUUGCAUGCCACGUUAUUGGACUCCCGUUUGUGUUAAUAAAACAAGAUGAAGAGUCAAUUCUGAAGGCAUUUGACUAAGAUUAUAUAUAUUUAAAAAAUAAAGUGUACAUAGAAUAUUGAUAUUGGUAACUGCAGAAAUGGUUUAGAGAACUAACUGCUAUCUUUAGCGUGUAUGUUUUUUGGAGGUUAACCAUAUAUUUUGCAGGAUUAAAAAGAUUUACUUAAGAUAGGAAUGCACAAUGAAUUGUAAGCAUAUAAGACACAUAUUCUGCAAAGUGUUUUUGCUGGAAAUGUUAGUACUGGACAGCAAUGGAUUAAAUGAUUUUAUUUUAUAUUGUACAGAAAUCUCUGUACCUUGAUCUACAACAUCAAGGAUUAAUUCCUUGGAUUCAAACAACAUACAGUAAUAGGUAUUCUUACCAACAACUGAUGAUGCAACUAUCUGCAGCGUCAUGCUUUGACAAAUUAAAUUACAGUGUUGACUCACUGAUUUAUUUUUUUGUAUCUAUGCUGUGCCUUUCAGAUGUACUAAUUGAAAGCAGCAGAAAUAAUCAUAUGGUACUCACUUUGGUCUAGAUUAUAUUGCAGUUGUAAAGUUUAUCUCUUGUAUUUCCCAUGAAUUUGUCCAUUGAAGUCUGUAUUAUGUUGUUUUUUUUUCUUACUACCGGCGCUAAACUUUCUAACUGCAAAAUUUUCAAUGUCUCUAAGUGUUUGAGAAUAUUUCUGUACUGCUAAUAAAGUUCAAUAUUAACAGGACACUACGUUUCCCACUCAGGCUAUCCAUUAAAAUGCAUCAUUCAUUUUU